GAGGGAGAGCCGUGGCGCGGCGGCAGGAGGAGGUGGAGGAGGCGGAGGAGGGAACCCGCGAGGGAGGGUCCGCCCGGCCCCCCACCGCCGGAGCCGCCGCCGCCGCCGCCGCCUCAGCCGCCGCUGGACUAGGAGCAGGGGAACAUGGCGCCGGGGCCCCCGUCGUUGCUGCCGGGAUCUUGGAGGCCGGGGCCGCGCUGAGGGCGCCCAGCUGGAAGAAAUGUUGGCUAUUUGGCGAUGAGAGGUGGUGAACAGUGACCAUACUGGUAUACAACACUAUGGGACCUGGUGUUUUUGCUGCAUGUCCAGCCCACCCCCACUAAUAAUGUAGGAAGCCGUCUGGUCCAUUGGAAACACUAAUCUGAUCUUGGAAGUGGCUGAUCGUGGCAGGAUGUGUCGACGAUGAUGAUGGCAAGAAAGCAAGAUGUCCGAAUUCCCACCUACAACAUCAGUGUGGUGGGAUUAUCUGGGACUGAGAAGGAAAAGGGCCAGUGUGGGAUUGGAAAGUCUUGUUUGUGCAACCGCUUCGUGCGCCCGAGUGCUGACGAGUUUCACUUGGACCAUACCUCCGUCCUCAGCACCAGUGACUUUGGAGGGCGAGUGGUCAAUAAUGACCACUUUCUCUACUGGGGAGAAGUUAGCCGCUCCCUGGAGGAUUGUGUGGAAUGUAAGAUGCACAUUGUGGAGCAGACUGAAUUUAUUGAUGAUCAGACUUUUCAACCUCAUCGAAGCACGGCCCUGCAGCCCUAUAUCAAGAGAGCUGCUGCAACCAAGCUCGCAUCAGCUGAAAAACUCAUGUACUUUUGCACUGAUCAGCUGGGGCUGGAGCAGGACUUUGAGCAGAAACAAAUGCCAGACGGAAAGCUGCUGGUUGAUGGUUUUCUUCUUGGUAUCGAUGUUAGCAGGGGCAUGAAUAGGAACUUUGAUGACCAGCUCAAGUUUGUCUCCAAUCUCUACAAUCAGCUUGCAAAAACAAAAAAGCCCAUAGUGGUGGUCCUGACUAAGUGUGACGAAGGUGUUGAGCGGUACAUUAGAGAUGCACAUACUUUUGCCUUAAGCAAAAAGAACCUCCAGGUUGUGGAGACCUCAGCGAGAUCCAAUGUAAACGUGGACUUGGCUUUCAGCACCUUAGUGCAACUCAUUGAUAAAAGUCGGGGAAAGACAAAAAUCAUUCCUUAUUUUGAAGCUCUCAAGCAGCAGAGUCAGCAGAUAGCUACAGCAAAAGACAAGUAUGAGUGGCUGGUGAGUCGCAUUGUGAAAAACCACAAUGAGAACUGGCUGAGUGUCAGCCGAAAGAUGCAGGCCUCUCCAGAAUACCAGGACUAUGUCUACCUGGAAGGGACUCAGAAAGCCAAGAAGCUGUUUCUACAGCACAUCCACCGCCUCAAGCAUGAGCAUAUCGAGCGUAGGAGAAAGCUGUACCUGGCAGCCCUGCCAUUAGCUUUUGAAGCUCUUAUACCUAAUCUAGAUGAAAUAGACCACCUAAGCUGCAUAAAAGCCAAAAAGCUCUUAGAAACCAAGCCAGAAUUCUUGAAGUGGUUUGUUGUGCUUGAAGAGACACCAUGGGAUGCCACCAGCCACAUUGACAACAUGGAAAACGAACGGAUUCCCUUUGAUUUAAUGGAUACCGUCCCUGCAGAGCAGCUGUAUGAGGCCCACUUAGAGAAGCUAAGGAACGAAAGGAAAAGAGUUGAGAUGAGAAGGGCGUUUAAAGAAAACCUGGAGACCUCUCCUUUCAUAACUCCUGGAAAGCCUUGGGAAGAGGCCCGUAGUUUUAUUAUGAAUGAGGAUUUCUACCAGUGGCUGGAAGAAUCUGUGUACAUGGAUAUUUAUGGCAAACACCAAAAGCAAAUUAUAGAUAAAGCAAAGGAAGAAUUUCAGGAGUUACUUUUGGAAUAUUCAGAAUUGUUUUAUGAACUGGAGCUGGAUGCUAAGCCCAGCAAGGAGAAGAUGGGUGUUAUUCAGGAUGUCCUGGGAGAGGAACAGCGAUUUAAAGCAUUACAAAAGCUCCAAGCAGAGCGUGAUGCCCUUAUUCUGAAACACAUUCAUUUUGUGUACCACCCAACAAAGGAGACAUGCCCCAGCUGCCCAGCUUGUGUGGACGCUAAGAUUGAGCACUUGAUUAGUUCUCGGUUUAUCCGGCCAUCUGACCGGAAUCAGAAAAAUUCACUCUCUGACCCUAACAUUGAUAGAAUCAACUUGGUUAUAUUGGGCAAAGACGGCCUUGCCCGAGAGUUGGCCAAUGAGAUUCGAGCUCUUUGUACAAAUGAUGACAAGUAUGUGAUAGAUGGUAAAAUGUAUGAGCUUUCCCUGAGGCCAAUAGAGGGGAAUGUCAGGCUUCCUGUGAACUCUUUCCAGACGCCAACAUUUCAGCCCCACGGCUGUCUCUGCCUUUACAAUUCAAAGGAAUCGCUAUCCUAUGUAGUGGAAAGUAUAGAGAAGAGUAGAGAGUCCACGCUGGGCCGGCGGGAUAAUCAUUUAGUCCAUCUCCCCCUUACAUUAAUUUUGGUUAACAAGAGAGGAGACACCAGUGGAGAGACUCUGCAUAGCUUAAUACAGCAAGGUCAACAAAUUGCUAGCAAACUUCAGUGUGUCUUUCUCGACCCUGCUUCUGCUGGCAUUGGUUACGGACGCAACAUUAAUGAAAAGCAAAUCAGUCAAGUUUUGAAGGGACUCCUGGACUCUAAGCGUAACUUAAACCUGGUCAGUUCUACUGCUAGCAUCAAAGAUUUGGCUGAUGUUGAUCUGCGAAUUGUUAUGUGUCUGAUGUGUGGAGAUCCUUUUAGUGCAGAUGACAUACUUUUUCCUGUCCUUCAGUCCCAAACCUGUAAAUCUUCUCAUUGUGGAAGCAACAACUCUGUUUUACUUGAACUACCAAUCGGACUGCACAAGAAGCGGAUUGAACUGUCUAUUCUUUCAUACCAUUCCUCCUUUAGCAUCAGAAAGAGCCGGUUGGUUCAUGGGUACAUUGUUUUUUAUUCAGCCAAACGUAAGGCCUCUUUGGCUAUGUUACGUGCCUUUCUUUGUGAAGUGCAGGAUAUUAUCCCUAUUCAGCUUGUAGCACUCACUGAUGGCGCCGUAGAUGUCCUGGACAAUGACUUAAGUAGGGAACAGCUGACUGAGGGGGAGGAGAUUGCUCAAGAAAUUGACGGAAGGUUCACAAGCAUCCCCUGUAGUCAACCCCAGCAUAAACUUGAGAUCUUUCACCCGUUUUUUAAAGAUGUGGUGGAAAAAAAGAACAUAAUCGAGGCUACUCACAUGUAUGAUAAUGCUGCCGAGGCCUGUAGCACCACCGAAGAGGUGUUUAACUCCCCCCGGGCAGGAUCACCGCUCUGCAACUCAAACCUACAGGAUUCGGAAGAAGAUAUCGAGCCAUCUUACAGCCUGUUUCGAGAAGACACAUCACUGCCUUCUCUGUCCAAAGACCAUUCUAAGCUCUCUAUGGAACUGGAGGGAAAUGAUGGGCUGUCUUUCAUUAUGAGCAAUUUUGAGAGUAAACUGAACAACAAAGUACCUCCGCCAGUCAAACCAAAGCCUCCUGUCCAUUUUGAAAUUACAAAGGGGGAUCUAUCUUAUUUAGACCAAGGCCAUAGGGAUGGACCGAGGAAGUCUGUGUCUUCUAGCCCCUGGCUGCCUCAGGAUGGGUUUGAUCCUUCUGACUAUGCUGAACCCAUGGAUGCUGUGGUGAAGCCAAGGAAUGAAGAAGAAAACAUAUACUCCGUGCCCCAUGACAGCACCCAAGGCAAAAUCAUCACCAUUCGGAAUAUCAACAAAGCCCAGUCCAACGGCAGUGGGAAUGGUUCUGACAGUGAAAUGGACACCAGCUCUUUAGAGCGAGGGCGUAAGGUUUCCAUCGUGAGCAAGCCAGUGCUGUACAGGACGAGAUGCACCCGGCUGGGGCGGUUUGCUAGUUACCGGACCAGCUUCAGCGUAGGGAGUGAUGAUGAACUGGGGCCCAUCCGAAAGAAAGAGGAGGAUCAGGCAUCCCAGGGUUAUAAAGGGGACAAUGCCGUCAUUCCAUACGAAACAGACGAAGACCCGCGGAGAAGAAAUAUUCUUCGCAGCCUAAGGAGGAACACUAAGAAACCAAAGCCCAAACCCCGGCCAUCCAUCACAAAGGCAACCUGGGAGAGUAACUAUUUUGGGGUGCCCUUAACAACUGUUGUGACUCCAGAGAAGCCGAUCCCCAUUUUUAUUGAAAGAUGUAUUGAGUACAUUGAAGCCACAGGACUGAGCACGGAGGGCAUCUACCGGGUCAGCGGGAACAAGUCAGAGAUGGAGAGUCUGCAGAGACAGUUUGAUCAAGACCACAACCUGGACCUGGCAGAGAAAGACUUUACAGUGAAUACCGUGGCCGGUGCCAUGAAGAGCUUUUUCUCAGAACUGCCUGACCCCCUGGUCCCGUAUAACAUGCAGAUCGACUUGGUGGAAGCACACAAAAUCAACGACCGGGAGCAGAAGUUGCAUGCCCUUAAGGAGGUAUUAAAGAAAUUUCCAAAGGAAAACCACGAAGUCUUCAAGUAUGUCAUCUCUCACCUAAACAAGGUCAGCCACAACAACAAGGUGAAUCUCAUGACUAGUGAGAACCUCUCCAUCUGCUUCUGGCCCACCUUGAUGAGACCUGAUUUCAGCACUAUGGACGCCCUCACAGCCACGCGCACCUACCAGACAAUCAUUGAACUCUUCAUCCAACAGUGCCCCUUCUUCUUCUACAAUCGGCCCAUCACCGAGCCCCCUGGUGCCAGGCCCAGCUCCCCCUCCGCCGUGGCUUCCACUGUCCCCUUCCUCACUUCCACGCCUGUCACAAGUCAGCCGUCGCCCCCACAGUCGCCUCCACCCACCCCCCAAUCCCCAAUGCAGCCACUGCUUCCCUCCCAGCUUCAAGCCGAACACACGCUGUGAGCCACCAAGACCUGGGGCGACCGGAGGACCGGUCCUCUCUCUGAUGGAGUGGCAUUUGGCCUUGAACAAAACCAAGUCCACUGGGGACAGAGGCAGGGGCAAAUGGCUCUCCCCAUCACCUUCUCAAGACCUCAGUGGGAGCACCAGCCAAUGGUACCAUCGGCCGGGCUGCCAGGUACCCUGAGCCCGGCGCUGCAGACCUGAGCUGGCUGCAGGCAGCAGCCAUGGGGCCCUGUCAUUUGACUUGGACCCAUUUGAGGACUGAACUAGGCAGGCAGCGGCCCCAGUGCCCUCCCUCUGUUCCCUGGACCACCACCCCUCCUGGCUGCGCACACCAGCCUCCGCGUGCCUCCCUCUGCUUGUACAGAGCCCAUGGUCGGGACAGUGCCCUGGCCUUUGCCGGGGAGGAGGAUGCUCUGAGAUUCAGGGCGGGGCUGGCAACCCCCGAAGAGAACACUUCCCGUUGGUCUGUCUCUUCCCACCUUCCAUCUGCACACACCCCCAAGGUAAGGGUACAGCCCGGCUGGCGGCCUCCUUGGGAACGUGUAGGCCACGGCUCUGCCACCACUAGGUACCUGCUGAGGGCGCUGGCCCUGCAGAUGAGAAAAACGGAGGAUAGCUUUGUGCCUGGAGCAAGAAAGUGCGGGACUCCUCGCUUCAUCCCCACCGUCCCACUCCACAGGCUUCCCAAAAUGUUCCCUGGCAAACAAAGGAACACUAGGAGAAAAAAUGGAAAACGCUUCCAAUAAUUAAAAAGGAAGAAACCACAGAAAGAAAACUACAGACCUCAAGAUUCCACUCUGCACCCGCCUCUGCCAGGAGGGAGGGAGGCACACCGGUGGAGCUGACCCUCGUCUUUGUGGCAGCAAAAUCAGGAUGCCUGGAGCUGUGGCCUGAGAGCCUGCUGGGGUCCCACUCACCCACUUAGGUCUAGUCGCCAGAUCCCCCGUUUUCCCAAGAAGAGAGUUCGAGCCCUUGGUGGGGACAGCCGGGGAGAUGGCAGUGCAGGCCGGAAUCUGGGCUGCCCCAGAACACAGUCCAUUACGAUAGAAACACUACUUGAGCAUGUGCGUGGGGUGGGUGUGUGUGUGCACGUGUGUGAGUGUGUGUGGGCGCUUGGGGGGUUGGGGACAGUUGGAAGGUGCCAGGUGCACUUGGGGUUGGGGUUGGUGUGUUGGGUGUUAAAAGUGUAAUCGUUUCAUCCCAGCCAUGGAGGCCACCAGCAGGAGUGUUCAUGGGGAUGUGGGCGGGGUGGGGCACUUUGAAGGAAUGGCGGUCUGCUGGUGCCCUGGAAGGGGCAUCCUUCCUGGUCUUCGCUGGCCCAGAGGCACCAUGCCUGCCUAUCAUCCACCACCACCCUAGCCCAGCCUUCCCACUGCCCCAGGAAAAGCUCUUCUCCUGCCCACCUCUGCCCCCCAGCGCCGCAAACUUGCACGGCUGGGCUGUGGCCUCUGCGGCCAGGAAGCCUGACACUAGGCACCCCCCAGGCAAGAGCUAGCGGGGUGCAGAGGGCCCCCACACCAGACAGCCCUUGGGGCUUGUUGCACUUUAAGAAAUAGGAUCUGUGGUAUAUUCCAGGGGGCCUGAUGGACACCUCUCCCGGGCGUCUGCAGCUGCCCUGCCCGUGCCCGCCUGCAGUGGUUGGAGACGGGAGUGGCCCUUCGGCUCCCGAGCUCCCUCCGCCUCUUGAGGAACACAAAUCGGAGUACAAACCCAGGGUUCAGGCGUGUUUUCUGUGAAUGUUGGAUGAUGAAUUUUUGUCUCUUCUGGUGGAGCUGUGCCUGGCCCUGUAGGCCCAGGAUUGGCUGGAAGGUGACAUCUGUGUUUCGUUUUAGCUGAGGUUGGCAGAAACGUUCCCAAACUCCCCCAGCCCUGGGCCCCAGCAGAUGAGGAAACGGCCCCAUUUACUGACCCCGCCCCCUUUUCGAUUAUGCUCACCUGGUUAGCUUCUCACGGAAUUGGGGGUGGAGGGAAAGCAUGGUGGUGGCCUGGGCCGUCCCUGUGUGAACGCAGGCAAAAGCAGCCCAGUCCCCCUCACUGCUUGAGCUAACACUGCCACCUCUUGUGUGAGCACAAAAGCCACGUCCCAAGCCACCUGGCCCCUGAUUCCACAGAUGUAUGCACGGCCAGUGACUUCCCCAGGAGUGUGGAGGGGGCGGUAAGGAGGAGCACCUGGGCUUUCUACCCCUCCCCUCACAGAAGUACCAGAAACUAGUCCUGGGGCACUCCCAACGCAGCGCCCCGUCAGCCAAGGUGGGCAGGCAGGGACUGUGGCAGCUCAUGUCCAAAGGGAGCCCCCAUGCACAGGAAGCCGCAGGGUUCCUCUUGCUUCCCCCGCUAACUUCAGCCUCUCGUCUGCUCUCUGGGCUGAGGGACUAGAGGACAUCUUGGUCAUUUGAGGGGCACGGCCAGUCGCGGCAGGCCGGGCUUCAGCGUCCGGUCAGGGCAACGUGCAGCCCGAAUGGGCACUUGCGUGGGAGCCACAGAGGAGCGUCCCUGGGGAUUGUUGGGACCGUGCUGCCCCCACCCCCGCUUUCAUCGGGGCUCUUAAGUUCUGGAAGAUGUGUGCACAGAGGGUGCUCAUGGGACCUGCAUGCAGCUCUCAGCACUGGGCGGGAGGGCGUUGGCUUGUCCAGAAUGGGGACGUGGGGCAGCCACCCCUGCCCAGCGAGAGCGCAGACACCAUGUGAGGGGACAGCAGCCUUUGGUGCAAAGCCAGAGACUGAUCCUGGCUCUGGUGGCUGAGGAGGGAAGACCCGAGGCUGAGUGGCAUGGCUCGUGAAUCCACUUAGAAUUCUUGGCUUGUGUCGCACACUGGGUGUCACGGCACACAUUUACUCUGCAUUAUCCCCGUCUUUCCCGUUGCCUAGCGUUUGGGGAGGAAGAGGGAGAGAGCUUCGGGGCGUCUGUCUCCUUGCUCUCCUGCCUCCACCGCCUUGGUUUUGCUUCCUGCUGGAGGCGGGGCACCUGCUGCGACUCAGAUUCUUCUGCAGGAUGUAUCUGUCUUUGUCACGGUGGACAGAGGGUGACAUCAUAGGAGCAGCUUGCUGGCCAGAAGGGGAUGGGGGCAACCCUGUGCCUCAGUCAGCUCCUGCUGCUCUUAGGGAAAGGAGGCCUGGGUCAAGCCAGCAUCCCCUUGGUAAAGGCCCCCGCAGGCCACCAGGCAUUCUGGACACACACACACACACACACACACACACACACACACACACACACAAAACUUCACAGCAGGCCAGCUGCAGCAACUUGUCAUCAAGAGUCACCUCAGCUGUGCUCCCCUCUCGUCCUUUCCUAUGAGAAGCCACUGCUUUGGGGGCGCUGGCUAGAAAAAGUAGGGUGCGGUGGCCAGGAGGGCCCCUGCCGCGCGGGGUGCUGGGUCUGGUUGAGUCGCUGCUUUCCCGAAGGCAGCGCAGGGAUCCGGGGAAGCUGCGGCGGGGAGCGGGCCCCGGCUCCGUGGCUCUGAGGUGUAACGGGGAUGGGCUCCCUCCCUCGGAGCACGUCGUCUGUGUCCAGGUCAGAAAGUGGCCCAGGAAGGGGGCAGUUUCUGUCGGGGGUCCGGUGGGGGCGCGGCUGCGGUGCGGUCGGUGCAGCGUGGCCAAUGCGCGGAGUGCGGGAGACAGAGCAGGAGGCGGUUGGUCACCUCGGCCACUGCUGACCUGGGCUGGCCUCCCCCAGCCCUCCCUUGGCGGAGCCGGCAGCGAUGCUACACUUCACUGUAGUCACGACAGGGCCUAAGUUAUUGUUUGCAUAAAAAGAAUCAUGUUCCCUGUGUACAUUUAAGAAAAAAAAAAACGGAAAUGUCAGAAUUGUAUGGAAAUAAAACUUGUUUGAAAAUUUGGAAUAGUGCUGCUGCCAGCUUAUUUUUCUGGUACUUGUAUUUUCACAUGUUAAAUGAUCUUUAUAUAUGUUGAAUUAACAAAUAUUUUGAGUUUCUGAGAAAAACAAAACAUAUUAAUGGUAUUGAAAUGUGUUAGUAGUCUGGCUGUGUGCCCAAAAUUCUGUUUUGCAGCAAAAGUGAAGACCUGUAUGUAAAGAAAGUAUAACAAUUAUUUCUUUGUAUUUUAGGGGCUUUAACCAGAACAUCCUCUAGCUGGUGUUAGGAAUGUUUGCUUAAUUUCCAGACUUUUUUUUAAAAACACAUCGUGGGUUUUUUGAGGCUCCAACCUGAUUAGUGCAUGGUCAGCCCUCAAUGAAGGCUGAGGCAUCUCUGACUGAGGUGUUUUUGUUUGGUUUUGUUUUUUAAAAUCAUGUAUUUGCUACAAAGUAUUGUACUUGUCUCAAUGGGAAUGGUGUAAAAAACUGAAAAGGCCUUAUGUGAUCUGUAUCAUAGUUAAUAAAUCAAUCUUGUAAAAAACCAAA